UAUCUAUUAAAAAGACAACGCGUCGAAGCAACGCGUGAAUAAGCUUCCUUCACACAAACCGACGAUUAUCUUGUGUCAGACGCCAUGUGUAUAUAUUAAUCUCUCUCAUAAAUCUCCCUUUGACGGACCCUGAUUCUCUCUUGUUGAAUUCUGUUUCAACCAAUCUGCAAAAUCCGAUUAUUUUUCCUGUUCAAUUUCGUUUUUGUGAAAGAAUUAUAAAGCUAAGGUAAAAUGGGUGGUGGCGAAGACGACCGUAACAACAACGAUCAAGAUAGAGGACUGUUUUCUCAACUUGCAGGACACGCUAUGGGUAGGGGACACUACCCGCCACAUGCACCCUACCCUCCUCCUCCUCAUGGGUAUCCCUACCCUCCUGCUGGCGGUUACCCGCCAGCUGGUUAUCCUCCGCCAGGUGGAUACCCGCCACCUGGUGGAUAUCCAUCACAUGGUCAGCCUCCGUAUGGUGGUUAUCCACACGCUGGUUAUCCUCCUACUGGCUAUCCUCCAGCAGGCUAUCCUGGACCCUCUGCUUCACAUUAUCAAGGUCAUGGAGGACCAAGCAUGGGAACACUGCUAGCAGGGGGUGCAGCAGCUGCAGCUCUAGCUUAUGGGGCCCACCAUGUUACUCAUGGGCAUCACGGCUAUGGUUACGGUUAUGGGCACGGUUUUGGUCACCAUGGUAAGUUUAAACAUGGUAAGUUCAAGCAUGGAAAGUUUGGGAACAGAUGGAAGCAUGGGCUGUUUGGAAGGCACAAGGGGGGAAUGUUUGGUGGAAAGCACAAGAUGUGGAAAUGAUUCGUGUAUAAGCUUUCUUACUAGCUACAUAGAACCAUAUGUUUUUUGAUUCAUUUUGUGUGUGUACUGUAGUUGUGGGUUAUUACUUAUUAGUAUGUUGUGAAAUUGAAACCUCUGUAAUGGUUUUGUUGAUUUGGGAAUGUAGUACUAACACGUUUGUAAUUAGUUAAUAAUUGCUCGACUCGCUUAUCGCU